GAGCCGAGGGAAGCAGUAGCAGCAGCGGCGGCGGCGGCGGCGGUUCCCCCCUCAAAAAACCGAGACCCCGCCAAGGCAGAAGCCGAAACGGUAGCCGACAUUGCCUCAGCAUGUCCACCCCUCCUCACCAGCGGCCACCGGUGCUGGCGGCCAUCCGGCAGCAGCCAGAGCAGCGGCUGCUGAAUUGCGCUUGGCUUUAACGCCCCUCUGGGCUUCCUUCUCCGGGAAGGGCGAUGAUCAUGAACUAAGCCGGCUGCCUGCCGGGGCACUCCUUCGAAGGCCAUUACAUCUUAUCACUUAAAAUUUGAAUUAAUAGCAUGAAGAAAUACACCCAGUAAAAGCUGUGCGUAAGAGCUUGAUAAGGAUGAAAGGAGGUCUUUGAAUUGGCUGUGAAAGCUGAUAUAUAGGACAGCAAGGAUUUACUUUUAAAAGUAAGAACCAUGACUAAUCCCAGUGACUGGUAUCACUUUACAUGUACAGCUGCAUCACAGCAAAAGAAAGGGCUCUUGAUCAAAUGUUGGCUUAAAGAACUAAAUCACCCAGCCAUGCAUGAAACUGUGCCAGAAAAAGAGAAAGUGUGGAGAACUGAGGUUGACAGUGAUUUGCCCAAGGUUGUAGAAUGAGUCAGUGGCAAAAGUAUGUUCCAAAACCUGCUCUCUAUCACUGGACUGCAAUGCUUUUUCAAUAUUCUGUAUUCAUAAAAUUGCUUUGAAGAACCUUAUCUCUUCAGGUUCGAUUUUCUUUCAUUAGGCAUUUAAGCUGUGGAGAAACUGGUGCAGAUAUUGCCAUGAAACCUAACUUGAAGCAAUGGAAACAAUUAAUGCUAUUUGGAAUCUUUGCAUGGGGCCUGCUUUUCCUGGUGAUUUUCAUCUAUUUCACUGACAACAACACCGUUGAAGCAGUUCCAAGUUCCUUCUCUUAUAUCGAGACCAAGAGACUUCUGCCCAUUCAAGGCAAACAGAGAGUUAUCAUGGGAGCAAUACAUGAUCCGUCUUUCUUUGAACCAAUUGAUAGGAACGAGGUGCUUCUUAACAAAGAUAUCUUAGAUUCAUUUAAAUCAGGGAAUGGAAACAUUAAAAAGUGGACAGACUCCGAAGAUGGCUUUGAAAGCGAAGAAGAAUUUUUCCCUUCCCAGUUAAAAGGAAAAUCAAAAAGUGCUUUCUAUCAAAGGGAUGAUGAUUAUUUACUUGCUGCUGGUCGGCCUCGGUCACAGAGUAGUGCUCAGCGAAUAGUGAAAUUAAUCUCUGCGGAGGGGGAGGAUCAGAAAGGGAACGCCUUGCAGAAUAACUGGUUUUCUCAAAAGAAGAUGAGGAAGCGGCACAUGAGACGCAGGAGAAGCCAAAUGUUUGAAGAGUCUGAUGAAUGGGAUGGAAUAUAUUCUACGAUGUCAAAAUCAUUCCUGUAUAAGCUCUGGAAAGGGAACGUCUCUUCCAAGAUGUUGAAUCCUCGCCUGCAGAAAGCAAUGAAAGAUUAUCUGAAUACCAAUAAGCACGGGGUGCGGUUCAAAGGGAAGCGAAACUCCAAGUUGACCGCCGAGCAGCUCUUCUGUGAACUCAAGGCUCGAGUGACUAUCAGGACCAUAGAUGGCAAAGAAGCUCCUUUUUCUGUGCUUGGUUGGGAAAAAUAUGUCCCCCAGAUGUCACUGAGUAAAUUGUACCCACGUGGUUUUGGAACCUGUGCUGUUGUUAUGUCUGCUGGUGCCAUACUGAACUCCUCCCUUGGUGAUGAAAUAGAUUCCCAUGAUGCAGUGCUCCGAUUUAAUUCUGCUCCUACACGAGGCUAUGAAAAAGAUGUUGGAAAUAAAACUACCAUGCGUAUUAUUAAUUCUCAGAUCCUUACUAAUCCGAACCAUCACUUCAUUGAGAGCUCCUUAUAUAAAGAUGUUAUCUUAAUAGCUUGGGAUCCUGCUCCCUACUCUGCUAAUCUGAAUGUGUGGUAUAAGAAGCCAGACUACAAUUUGUUUACUCCCUAUGUUCAGCAUCGCAGAAAGAAUCCACAUCAGCCAUUUUACAUUCUCCAUCCAAAGUUCAUAUGGCAGCUCUGGGACAUCAUUCAGGAAAACACCAAGGAAAAGAUUCAGCCCAACCCUCCUUCUUCAGGUUUUAUUGGAAUCCUCAUCAUGAUGUCAAUGUGCAGUGAAGUGCACAUAUAUGAAUACAUUCCUUCGGUCCGACAAACCGACCUUUGCCAUUACCAUGAACUCUACUAUGAUGCAGCUUGUACCUUGGGGGCUUACCAUCCACUGCUCUAUGAGAAACUGCUGGUGCAGAGGAUGAACAAAGGAAUACAGGAUGAUCUGUACCAGAAAGGAAAAGUGAUUUUGCCAGGGUUCAGGUCAGUGAAAUGCCCUGGACAAAAUCGAUUUCCCUACACUUAAGGGGAAAACUUUCUGAAACAAUGUGCAAUAAGGUGCUACUGUCGUACUAUGAACAACAACAAAAAUACUUGAAAAAAAUGGAUCCUAGACCAAUCUAGUCUUGUGACUAUAAACUGUAAUUAGGUAGUAGGCAUGGCAGGAAGUUCUUGCUUCUAAUGCCUGAGUAUUUAUUAUUGCUUUGCGGAUAGAGGGUUUUUUUUAAGGCUUAGCUUUUGAGAGAUACAAACAGCCAUGACAGCAAACUAACAGUGAGUAUUUGUAUGUGGAGCCUGUCAGAGAACAGCAGGCAGUUAUACCACAUGUGCCAGACUGCAGAUCUUUAGCAAAGGUAUUUUAGUAGCUAAGUCUAACCUACUGAAAAAGUACACACACACACACACACACACACACUCACACACACUCACACACACUCACACACACAGAAAGAAAGAGAAAGAAAGAAAGAAAGAAAGAAAGAAAGAAAGAAAGAAAGAAAGAAAGAAAGAAAGAAAGAAAGAAAGAAAGAAAGAAAGAAAGAAAGAUUGUUCUUAGGAUGUCUCCUCACACAUGAAAACAUCAUGAGCCAUAAUCUAUUAAUUUACACUUGUUUUAUUUAUAGGCCUUUUCCGCACACACUAUUUAAAACAUUUUCAGGAAGGAAAUGAGAGGUUUUCUCUGUGGAGUUCUGCAUUGUUAUUCACAUUUUGAUUUCAAACACGUUUCCAAGCAGCUUUUUUCUGUGUUUCUUUUGAAACCCCUUUUUCAAUGGUUCUUUAGACUGAAUCAUUUCUAAACCGUCUUCCCUCACUCUGUGGUCACAUUUUAUCUUUCCCCGCUGCCUUUUUACAUGCCUCUGCCAUUGCCCAGCUUUCCCUCCCCACCGUUUUUUUUUCAUUCCUCACUCCUUUCCUCCUCACUUUUUCUUUUUUGCUAUUUUGGUUGAAUCAAUGAAGCACUGGUUAAUGGCAAUAUAGAACAUCAAUUUUAAAAACCUCUCACAGGUGAGUGCGACCUAAUAUCAUGGUAAAGGGAAGGGGGAAUCAAAAAUGUUCUGGAAACAUUUUUAGUGUGUGGAAAAGGCCAUGCUCUCCUUGUGGCAAAGCGUGGCACCCUGAUUUAAAAAAAAACAUUUGUACUAGUCUAAUUUAAUGUGUACUAAGAUUGCAUGUGUUUGAUUCUAUAAAUUCAUGCUGUGUCGUGGGAAGGCAAUCUACUUGACUAAAGAACAGCAUGUUAAAUUUUGUGCCUGCACAGCAUGCUGGUACCAGUGCUUAACUGAAUAAUAUUUGCUGGCCUUCUGUUUUGGGCUGAAUGUAUAAACAAGAAUGUGCCAUACUGUCAAGAGUACAGGACUAUAGAUUGAUGCUGACCCGUCAAACAAUGCAUCAUGCCACAAGAAUAUUACCACAUUUUUCUUCAACGACAACUCUUGAGUAUCCAGUGGUGAGCUAUCAUGUGAUGAAAUUCUCAAAUAAUUAGGUUAUCAUCUGAUAGUCGAAUUUUCAUGUUGAAUAGAGUAGGUCUGAGGGCAACAAUAAGUCAGAAACACUUUGUACUGAAUAAACUGCUUAUAGAAACAAUCUACUAGCAAGCAGUGUAAUGAGGGCUCUAAGGACUCCUGCAAGUUCUUGGUUCUCCUUCCAUGAAAUAAUAGGAAACUGCAGUUUUCUUGGAAGCAAAGCCAUCAUCUUGGCAUAAGCUCACCGUUCCCAUGUUGCACUACUCAUGUGAGUAGAUUGCUUAAAUUAGUCAUCCCCUAGGUGUAUUAUUAGAAGCAAUUCAGCUCUGUUAUUAAAAUAAUUCGUUUCUUAUUGAUUUGGAAAGGACAAAGACCAAGUUUUUAUUACCUCUAGAUUAAAGCGGCUUAUACACUGGUGCUCUGUCCCAUAGUGAGGGUACAUCUCCUUCAGGGCAGAGAUUUCAUUGCAAAUGUGUUCAUACUUACAAUGCUGCAGAUCUUGGAAGCCCUGCGGUUGCUGAGAGUGGACAAACCCUGAUGUUUUCCCUGGCUUUGGGGUUCCUGCUCCUUCUGGUCUCUUCCCCCCCCCCCCCCCCACUCCUUGCAGGCAUUUCUGGGGAAUCGAUGGCUGGCUUAAAAAAAUUAAUAAUAACAAGCCAUCACAAUAACGAUAUGAAGAAUAUCAAUAUAAAAAAUUUAAGGGAUUUUUUUCAAGCCAGCAAUUUUGCAACCAACCAGAAAUGACCCAGAAGUGGGAGCAGGCAAGCCACACAGCAGGCAGUGGGACAUUUCCUCAUGUGUAAACAGAGAAACACAAGGAGACCCCAUUGUGACCCCACUGCAGAGGGAAGAACCUCAAGGGGAGUGCUCCAUGCAUAAUGGGCCGCCAAAGCAGCACAGAUAUAGUGCUUGGAGGAAUCUCCCUAAAGCAUAGUGAGGGCUGAUUCCUGUUCUUGGGACAUGCACGGAGGUGUACAGAGUAGUAACAUACCAGGACAUUACAGGGAAUGGAAGUCCUGUACAUAACUUCCAAAUCCAAGCCAUUCCUCUGCUUAGUCACUGUUAUCCCUAUGAAAAUACUUCAGUGUCCUGGUGCUUCAUUGCUGGUGAACUAGAUGAAUCUAAAAAUUUUAAUACAGCAUAUACUCUGGCCACUUCUAAUCCCAUAGUCAAAGCUUGAUAUUCCUCUUUUGUUCUUAUUAAAGUUCAUUUGCACACCCAGCAAGGUGAAUUCAAGUUUUGUGUUAGGGCCAAACUAGACAAGAUGGGCAUCCAAUGCUGUUGUUUUAAAGACUAAAUUCCCAGCCAAGAACUUCUUCAAACUGUAUCAUGGAGGCCUGUUAUAGUCAGGACUACUAAGACAUGGGGACAAAGAGCGAUGCUGCUCUCCCCACACUAAUUUUCUAAUCUGAAACAGCAAUGGAGGAGGUGGGGUGGCUUGCAGGCAAAUAACACCCUUAUAUUAUUUUCAUGUCAGGAAAAUGACUCAGGUUUAAGGCAGAGUCUCUUCCUUCCCCCAGAGGGUCUCAGUCAGAAUCCCACCACCGCCUCCCAAGUGAGUUUGAAGGAGUUCCUGUCCUGGGCUUUGUCCAGGAUGGCCAUCUUGUCUAGUUUGUCCAUGCCGUGUUCAGAACCCAGAUGAAAACUAAUUACAAGAAACACAUUAUUGUUACCCAUGGUAGGAUUUGUGGGAAAUGGUGUAAAAAUCAGGCUCAUUCUUGUGUAUCUACAUAUGAACACCACCACUAUCAUCCCAGAUCCACUAGGAAGACCUGGAAGCAGAAAUGUGGAAGAUUGUCCUUCAGCAUUUUGCUACCACUAAGUACAGAUAAAUAUUUUAUGUUGAUUCCUGCAUGUAGGCAUUUCUGUUUAUCAAUAGUACUUGAGCUCUUUUAAGAGGGAUAUUAUUUCUUACAUGAUGAUAACAAACCAUGCAUUUGAUACUUUUAUCCAUGGUAUUUUAUUAGGGUAUACUCUAAGGCAGGGGUCCCCAAACUUUUUAAACAGGGGGCCAGUUCACUGUCCCUCAGACUGUUGGAGGGCCGGACUAAAAAAAACUAUGAACAAAUUCCUAUGCACAAAUGAUUG